CUGGCCUGUGCCCACUGCUGGCCUCAUGCUGUGCCCACGGCUGACCCUGUGCUGUCCAGCCCGUGCUGCGCCCACACUGGCCUGUCCUUUCCCCAUGGCCAGCCGUGUGUGCCCCUCCGCCCAGCUGCUGUUCCCUGGGCUCAGGACUUCCUUCUUUUUCCUUUCUCACACGGUCUCAGGCCACGGUGGCCUCUGAGCUUUCAGUGGUUUGUCCCAUUUGCUGGUGUCUGGGGUCAGUUAAGAGAGUAUCUCGCUGCCUAGUUCUGUCGUAGGCGUCGACCUGGCUUUAAUUUUGCCACCCUAGCAGCCCUGCGUGUUUUCUAGGAAGGAUUUGGGGAGACUAAAAGCCUGUCACUCCCGUCUUUCCAGAGUUGGGCUUCCAGAAGCUUCAGUCUUCGUACCUCUGAGGCCCUUUGUUUCCUCUGCCAGGUACUCGUCACCAGCUCGCUUCUUUGUUAAGGACAAUUGAUGAUUUGUUCUCAAUUAAUCUAAUCUUGUGUAGAGUUAGAAAGCGGGAAUAAAGCCGCCUUUGCCACCUUAUUACUCAUACAUUAGAUCGUAUGUUUCUGUAAAAAUACCGUCUUUAUAAAGGAAGAUUUAAGACAGUGCUUGGCUCCCUCCUCCCCUAAUUAUUGUCCCCAAGAAAUUCUGGAGCUGCUGCUGUUUAAGCUGUAGAAUUUAAACAUAGACAAAGGGGAGGAGGAGCCACAUCAUUUAUAGGGUUUAAGAACAUGUGUGAAGCCUGCUAACGUAAUUCUAUGCUUGUCGGAACUUAUCCAUUAACUGGAGUUGUCAGUGGACUCACAGCUGAAGCUGCGUGACCUGAAAACCCCCCUCCCCCUGCCGUGGAGUUGGGUUUAAGGACAGGGACGGCCGGGAGGCGCCCGCCCGUGGGAGGAACUUGCUGUGGGGAGCCGGGCGAGUGGUUUCCGCCUUCUAGGAGUGCGUCGUAUGGUUUGGGAAAGACAAGUACAGGAUUUAUCUCAUAAGCAUUAUUUAGAAAUAAUUAGAAUAUAAAGUACAAUAUGAUAAAACUGUUACGGUGACAUCCGUUCCUGAGUUUUCUGAGACAUCCUGUUUUCAAGCGUUACGCUUAAAUCUAUGCGUGGACAGGCCGCAGUUUGCAUGAUGCAGCCUUAUUUUUAUUUUGGGAAAUAAGGGCUCUUGAUGCCUAAUCAGAGCGUCGCAGGAGCCUGAAGAAAGUCACUGGCUGUGUCGUAGACACGGCGCUAGGCUGGGGAGAGGGCGGACUGCCCUGCUGCGGCCUUGGUGCGGGGCGGCGCUGCGGUUCAGGGCUGACCCUGAGAGCGGAGAGGAAGCAAAGCCAGGCCGCCGGCCGCGGAACAGGAGAGAGCGAGCAUGAGGGGACGGAAGCCCAGCCCCUCUGCGACUCGGCCGUGUGCGCGUGGACCGCCGCUCUCCUCCCGCCCUGGAUGAUGUCGGAGCACGACCUGGCGGAUGUGGUCCAGAUCGCCGUGGAGGACCUGAGCCCCGACCACCCAGUUGUUCUGGAGAACCACGUGGUGACGGACGAGGACGAGCCGGCCCUGAAGCGCCAGCGGCUGGAAAUCAACUGCCAGGACCCGUCCAUAAAGUCGUUCCUGUACUCAAUCAACCAGACAAUCUGCCUGCGGCUGGACAGCAUCGAGGCCAAGCUGCAGGCGCUGGAGGCCACGUGCAAGUCGCUGGAGGAGAAGCUGGACCUGGUCACCAACAAGCAGCACAGCCCCAUCCAGGUCCCCAUGGUGGCCGGCUCCCCCCUCGGCGCGACCCAGACCUGCAACAAAGUGCGAUGCGCUGUUCCCGGGCGGCGGCAGAACACCAUCGUGGUGAAGGUGCCGGGCCAGGACGACAGCCACCACGAGGACGGGGAGAGCGGCUCGGAGGCCAGCGACUCGGUCUCCAACUGCGGGCAGUCCGGGAGCCAGAGCAUCGGCAGCAACGUGACCCUCAUCACCCUCAACUCUGAAGAGGACUACCCCAACGGGACCUGGCUGGGCGACGAGAACAACCCCGAGAUGCGUGUGCGCUGCGCCAUCAUCCCCUCCGACAUGCUGCACAUCAGCACCAACUGCCGCACGGCCGAGAAGAUGGCCCUGACGCUGCUGGACUACCUCUUCCACCGCGAGGUGCAGGCCGUGUCCAACCUCUCGGGCCAGGGCAAGCACGGCAAGAAGCAGCUGGACCCGCUCACCAUCUACGGCAUCCGCUGCCACCUGUUCUACAAAUUCGGAAUCACGGAAUCGGACUGGUACCGGAUCAAGCAGAGCAUCGACUCCAAGUGUCGGACGGCCUGGCGGCGGAAACAGCGGGGCCAGAGCCUGGCGGUCAAGAGCUUCUCGCGGAGAACGCCGUCCUCGUCCUCCUACAGUGCCUCAGAGCCGAUGAUGGGCACCCCGUCCCCCGCCGGCGAGCUCCAGCAGCCGCCGCCCCAGGCGCUGCACUACACCCUGGCCAACGCGCAGCAGGUGCAGAUCCACCAGAUCGGCGAGGACGGCCAGGUGCAAGUAAUCCCACAGGGACACCUCCACAUCGCCCAGGUGCCUCAAGGGGAGCAGGUGCAGAUCACGCAGGACAGCGAGGGCAACCUCCAGAUCCAUCACGUCGGACAGGACGGGCAGGUGCUGCAGGGGGCCCAGCUGAUAGCCGUGGCCUCCUCGGACCCCGCCGCGGCAGGGGUGGACGGGUCUCCUCUCCAGGGCAGUGACAUCCAGGUCCAGUACGUCCAGCUGGCGCCGGUGAGUGACCACACGGCCGGGGCGCAGACGGCCGAGACCCUGCAGCCCACCCUCCAGCCCGAGAUGCAGCUGGAGCACGGGGCCAUCCAGAUCCAGUGAGGCGCGCCCGUCACCUCGGCCGCGGAACUGCACCGGGCCCAGCGCCGGCCCUGGCUGCCGGCCUGGCCCCCCACGACCCGUCCUCACGGCGGCCAGCGCGCCCGUUCCGCUCAGCGCGUCCGAGAGC